AUGGCAAACAAAGGCACUUUGAUCGCUCAAACAGAAACGGACCAGCUAAGGUCUGCUACCAUAACCAAAGAAGGUAUAACAGUCGUCUUUUUCUUGAGUAGUAGUAGGCUAACAAACGCGUAAAUUAAGGGCACAACACUGGCCCCAGACAUUUAGAUUCUCACUAUCCUUUCUUCAUUGUAAUACCGUUUACAUCGUUAUUUUUUACAAUAGAAAAUGCCAUCGGGCAAAUGAAGGUCACCGAUAAGCCUUCUGUUGACUUAACAGAUUUCAGUAACAACGAUGGUACAACCGUCAAACGUCAAAGGGAAAGUAAAAACAACAAUUUUAAAAUGGCAAGUUAAAACUAUUUAUUAGUUGACUACCAAUUUUUGUAAGUAGGCCUAUAAUUUUAAAAUAUAAAUUUUAAUCACCCACUGGAUUUAUAGGAUAUGAGUAGAAGCGAAGAAAGUGAUCAGUCAUUACAAAUGCAAGAUGACAGUCCUAGAGACGACAGUGAAGGCAUACAUAUAACUUCAAUCGUUUAUUCGUUCGGUUCUGUCCCUUGCAUACAGCUGUGAUUCGUACAGAAUCAUCAGUGACUAAUCGACGUUUGUGCUAAUCGAAAAAUCUGUCCAUUAUGUUUUAAAACACACUGACAGGUAUCAAUAAAUCAUUCUAUAUAAAAUGAUCUUGAAAGUAUCGCCGAACUGUACGAUGAAAGUUUAGACUCCAUACAUAACGAUGAAAGUUUAGAGCCCAUACAUAACGAUAAAAUUCGCCUGUAUAAAGGUGACCCAGCUCUGCCAGUAUACCGUUGGGGUCUGACAAAAGGCAUGUGUACAGAUGAUGUUGCUGAACUUUUAGUAAAUCGUUGUAUAAACCACUCUCGAAUUGCUACGCGCGGCCCAACAAGUGUCGAAAACAACGCCGUUUUUGUAGUGGACAGAUCGAAGAUCCCAGAAAAAGAUGACCUGAAAUUUGAUGACCUAGGUGCAUGGGAGUCCGAAGGCUCAAAGAAGCUGUUUUACAGUAUGGACGGGGAUGGGAAACUUGCCAAAUCAGCAAAGGAUAAACUACCGAAUAAACAAGUCGGUGUUUUUGUCAUCCAACGGCAGUGGUACAGAAAUUUAAGCAUGGAUCAAGGGAGCACAGCAGUAUUGUUUUCGAGACUUUCGUACCUGUAUAUGGCUGUAAAAUCUAUGAAUAGGUAGUCUUUGUCUUCUUUGGUUCGCUAAUUUGCAUAUAAACACUAAAACACUGUUUUUAAAUUCGUAAACAAGCCAGCAAUUUCUUUAUAUUUUCGUAUUUUUACAUGGUCGUCGCUGUACAUUGUAUCGCAUGUAACGGUUUUGUAAAUACGCGCGAAACUUACAAUAAGAAAUAGAGGGGAGUAAAACUGUGGGCACGUGAUCAAUAUUAACCAAUAACACUUCGGGAUUUGAGAACCGCUUUCUCCAAGGUUAGUAGCAAAACCAAAUGCUUACAAUCAGAUUAGAGUUAACCUGAAGUUCAGACCCUAAUUUGAAAAAGGGCCUGAACUAUUCUGUAAUAGGGCCUGAACUUCAGGUUAGAUUAGAGUCGACUGUAUUAAAAAGCCUACCAAAAAAAGUCGACUGUAUUAAAAAGCCUACCUGUGCCUAGCAACGGUUGCUGUGCCUAGCAAUUUGCUACAGCGUCUGUCGAAAGAUUUUACCGGAUGUGCCCACAGUUUCACUCCCCUCUAUUUCUUAUUGUAAGUUUCGCGCGUAUUUACAAAACCGUUACAUGCGAUACAAUGUACAGCGGACGACCAUGUAAAAAUACGAAAAUAUAAAGAAAUUGUUGGCUUGUUUACGAUUUUAAAAACAGUGUUUUAGUGUUUAUAUGCAAAUUAGCGAACCAAAGAAGACAAAGACUCACUAUUCAGAGAUUUUACAGCCAUAUACAAGUACGAAAGUCUCGAAAACAAUACUGCUGUGCUCCCUUGCAUGGAUUCGCUUCAAAGAAUAAUAAUACAGCUCGUGAGUCCGCUUCAACGAUCCAAAAGAUCUGGUAUUCAUUCAAUACAUAUUCAACAACGGCGAACAACCCGUUAAAGUAAACUUACAUGGAAAUGCUAAAAGUAUACAAGGUGUGGUGCGUACCAAAGAACGAUGCAGAGCACAAAAAAAUGAUAAAGGAGAACAUUGGAACAUUGCCAGAUCGUUCAACAGUGCAUAAAGUGAUCAAUGAAAGGGGAGGAAUAAUAAAAUCGGAUCAUCUGGAGCGUUACCGCGUAAUAGGAGACAGGUUUACAACAUCACAAGAGAAGUAAAGAAGCAGAAAGAACCCCUAACGCACAUAGAAGAUCCAAUGCUGCAAGUUUUAGCAAAAGCCAAAGAGGAACAACAAGGACGGGAUGAAGAUAUUUUUAUUCGUGAAAUACCUCUUUUCCCUGAGCCAAUCGUCUUUAUUGCCAACAAGCAGCAACUGGUUGACAUUUAACCUUUUUGCACGAAUCCUGAGUUUUGCGUAUUAGGCGUAGAUGCGACAUUCCAAAUUGCCUCGUUUUACUUCACCUUUACGACCUACAGAAUUUGAUGCUAACUACGAAGAACGGUAAUCAUCCAGUGUAUAUUGGUCCUGGUAUUCUCCACAAGCAGAAGCUUAAAACAUCGUAUCAAACGUUGCGUUUACUGAUGACAAAAUAUCACCAGAAGGCUGCAGGCGUGCUGGUUUAUGGAACAGAUGGAGAAAAAAUCUUGCAGAUGCAUUUUCAGACGUUUUUCCACAUGCACAACAUCUUUUCUGCGACAUUCAAAAGGAAACUUGACGUCCAGUGUGGUAUAACAGAUCGCCCAGCGACAGAAAUCAUGAAUGAUAUCUUUGGUAACGAAAUAGAAGAUCAAGUAGAAGGAGGAUUAAUUCAUACCACGUCAGCUGACGAGUUCUGCGCUUGCUUACAAUCUGCUGUGUGCAAGUGGACAACUUUGCACGAAGAUUACUUUCUGAAAUCCAAAGCAAAGAUCAUUCGUGAAUCUGCCAGGUCAGAUAUAAGAUCGAUGUGCGGGUUUGGCUACCCAUCUACGCUGUACACACAAAACGCAAAUGAGUGCAUGAAUCGGAUCAUAAAGGCAGACCAAGAUCCAAAGUCCUCGAAGCAUCAGACUGCUCUUUUGCCAUACAUCGAAAGAAUUCGCGCAGAAGUGGCACGACAACAUGACGAGCAAUUCUUGGCUGUUCUGCGACUUGGUCAGUAUCGCCUUAGCGACAAGUUCUCUUUCCUACGCGUGGAAGAAAAUAAUUUCUUUCGCAUGAACGACUCCCAGAAGAAAGCAUUAAAGAAAAAAAUCUUCACUGCGCCCGUUUCCGAGACUAGACAACGCGAAGAACAAGUAUUGAAUGGCGAGUUAUCGGUAUUAACUGAGAGGUCUGGAAUUAUUAGUAUUCUUUCCCAGUACUUGAUGCCAUGUUCACGAAAGCUGCGACCUAUGUACGCGAUGGAGAUAAAACUUGGAAAGUUCCAGCUGACGAGGUCAACCGCGGUUCAUCCGAAACGUACCUGGUUCAUAGCAGACGCAACUCCAAUCCACAUAAAGUUGUUUGGACGAAGAAGACCAAUCGCGUACAAUGCGAUAAAGCUUGUAUCAACUGGUCCACCUACACUCUGUGCUCACACUGCCUAA